AUAUGACUUCCAACAGUCAGGGUGCAAUAUUUAAUAGUAGCUAUUCGAGUAUGUUAGUUUGCUCGUUAGCAAGAUGAAAAGAAAUUUUAAAGAAAUUUGGGAAAGCUCUAAAACGUAUUAAAUGGAACUGUUGCUGAAAUAGCCGAUGCCUUGUUCAUGCGCUAAUGAGGGACAACGAAAGCUAGCUAGUUGGCCGGUGAACGACAACAGGCUAGCUAACGUUAUUUUUUUUCUGCCAAUGGACAAGCCUGUGAAAACGCUAACUACUUAGCCAGUAGAAAUAUUUUGAAGCGUAUAGUAAUGCUUUCGCUAUAAUUUAGUGGAGGCUUUUUGUUAAAGGAAUCUCAAGACACAUCAGGGACUUACAGUGAUGGAGGAAGUUGAUAAGAUUUUAAUUCAUUCGCUUAGACAGACUGGCACGGAUGUGGGGAAGGAUGUGCAGAGUGUGAAGCACUUCACUAGUGAGCUGAUAGUGGAGGCGGUAGUAAGAUGUCUGCGAGUGAUCGACUCAGCCCUGGGGAGUGGGCUGUCACCCAGCUUACCCCCUGGCAUGUCUGCCCGCUUCCGAGUGGGCAUGAGUCUGGCACAGGCCUGUCAGGAUCUAGGUUACAAGGGAGAGAUUGGCUACCAGACAUUUCUGUACAGCAAUGAACCAGAGAUCCGCUCCCUACUCAUGUUCCUUGUGGAGAAGCUGCCCAAAGAAAGUGCUGAUUCCAUGGACCAACCAGCAGGUAAAUUAGCCCUCCUGCGGAAAUCCAUUGCUGCCCAGAUUAAAGCUCAGCUGUCUGUGCCCUGGCUCCCUCCAACUUGCCGACUACCCCAUCUCAGUAAAACACAGAACCCAGGACCGUCGCACAGUUUCCACACUCAGAAGCUUAGUUUACCAUACUGUCUCAAAGUGCCUGGGAAAAAACUAUUGAAAGAGGAAAUGGACUACCAGAAGGAUUUCCUUCCGCCUGUGACUGCCCAGCCUUCCCAGCAUGCCUCAGUGCCAGCCUCCCUGCUGGAGCAGCAUGCAGGGGAGCUUAGUGCUGCCCAGGAGUGGGAGAAUGAGUGGAACAGUCAAGGCCUUCUCUCCCGCCUCACACCUGAGGAAUAUCGCUCUAGGAAGCGUGCCCGUCUGCAGAAACGGAUCGAAGAGCAGCUGCGGACUGCGACUCAGCCCCGCCCCGAUACACUUGGCGCCCCCAGGUCGGGCUCUGAUCUAACAGAGCUACUGCAGGCCUUUGGGGGCUCCACUGUUGCUGGUGACAUCCUCACCAAAGGCACCCGCUUCACCCACACUGAGAAAUUCACUUUCACACAGGAGCCUGAGAAAGCUGCCCAACAGAUGGCAGUAGCGGCCAUCUCCCUGCCCAGCUCGCAUCAGUCAGAGGAGGACCUACAGGCCCAACAGCAGGAGGAGCUGGCUUUGUUGCAGCGGCAGCUCCAGCAGCUCUCCCUCAGCAUAGAGGAGGUGGCCGGAGACAUGAGGCAGCUCACCGUGUCCAUUCAUCAGGUAUCAGAUGAGCUGAAGCAAAAAGAGCUCAGCAAUGUAGAGAAGGAGGAUUCCGUGCGUGUGAAGAAGCAGACCAUUGACCUGCUGCCGGAUGCUGAGAACAACCUGGCCAAACUGCAGGCCCUAGUUGAGGGGAGUGCCAAGCGUGUGGUUAACUUGGCCGCCCAGUGGGAGAACCAUAGAGCUCCACUUAUAGAUGAGCACCGCAGACUCAAGACGCUCUGCAGCAACAGAGAGAUUGAAUCCUCCCGAAAACUUUCUGAAAUCAAAGAACUUCACAUCAAAAUUCGUCAGUCUGCAGAGGAGGCCAAGAAAAAGGAGGGAUUGUAUAAACAACUGAUAACAGAAUUUGAGAAUCUCCCCAAAGACGUCUCCCGCUCAGCAUACACUGCGAGGAUUCUGGAGAUUGUUGGUAACAUCAGAAAACAGAAGGAAGAAAUUACAAAGAUUUUGUCUGAUACUAAGGAGCUGCAGAAAGAGAUUAACAGCCUAACUGGAAAACUGGACCGAACGUUUGCUGUGACCGAUGAGCUGGUCUUCAAGGAUGCAAAGAAAGAUGAAUCUGUCCGAAAAUCCUACAAAUACCUGGCAGCAUUGCAUGAGAACUGCACUCAAUUGAUCCAAACUAUUGAGGAUACCGGCACAAUCAUGAGAGAGAUCAGAGACCUGGAGGAACAGAUUGAAACUGAAAAUGGUAAGAAGACUGCAAGCAACCUGGAAAAGAUCUUGGAGGAUUACAAAGCCAUUCGCCAGGAGAAUUCUGUUCUUGUGGCCAAGAUCAGAGAGGCCUGACUUGUCAGCUGGUUAAGCUGACUGGUAGCAGUGACCGUUGAGAAAAGUCUGCAUCUCAAGAUAUGCCCUAGAUUUUUUGAUGGAGAAGGGUCCACUCUGGUAUGCUUAUUGCCUCCAGUUUCAGGGCCUGAUGCCCCAGGUGGGUGGCAAUUUCACAAGAACCAUUACAAAGAUCUAAAAUGUAUAAACUUUGUCUGUUUGGGGUGCUGGGCAUGCAAAACAAACCUGCCUACUGAGAUUCAAGCUCUAGUACACUCCUUCAGUGUGUGAGGAACUAACCAGACCAUUGUCCCCUCUUCCGUAAAAAUAAAUAUGAGGGUGUGACUCUUGAGUUGUCUCUCCCUUUCUGUAAUGUCUGCAUCAAUAGAAUGCACUCAAGAUUGCCUCUUCCGUGUGUGGAACCAAGAAAGCACACUCCAUCCAGGCUUGACUGUCCACACUGUCCUUCGUCCACCCUUAACUUCUUGCAUUGCCUUCUGGGUGCAUUGAAAGGAUGUGAGUAAGGGGAGAUUUUUGUACUGAAAGUAAAACAAUGUUAAUGCACAAACUGUCUGACCCAAAAACAAUGUUGAAUAUAGAAAAUGUAUUUGUAGUGACUAACAAACACAGCAAUUAAUUGUAUUUGCCAUGUAUCCCUGGUGUCCAAACACUGGUUUCAUAUUGAUUAACCCAGUCAAAAAACAAGUUCUGUAAAUUAUGCUCUGACCUUUGGAAAUGUGAGUUAUUAUAGACCUGUCAAGCAAAUAUCUUAAUGAUCAAGUUGAAUUACAGAUGUACUGAUGUAUGCCCCCUAUGAAUUUGAGGAUAUCGAUCAUUCCUUACAUUUUUCGGUCGGUCAUUAAACAAUAAUCAUGUUUAUUUAGUA